AUGCGGAUCGCCGCGCUGUGUCUCCUCGCGGCCGCGAAGCAUGCGGGCGCGCUGCUCAUCGAGGGCUGCGCCGAUGAAGAGGGCUUCGUCGACCCCUGGGGCUACGAGGGGUCCUUCCCGCAGGUCGGCUACUCGUGCUACUACUACGACGACGACGCCAACACGGAGCUCCUCGUCGCGGGCUGCCCCAUGACCUGCGGCGCGUGCGAGUGCGUCGACACGGAGGACUACGAGGAUCCCUGUCGAGAGCAUUCAGCAUCGCUUCAAGACCUCGUGCGCCUGGUCGCGCGCUACGUCGGCGCCUGCGAGGCGGCGGCUUGCUACGCACCGACGUCGCGCGGCAUCCACGCCGCCAUCUGCCGGCGCUGGCGCGCGCUCUUCCCGCACAGCACGCCGGCGUCGUCCUGCGGCGCCGACGCCUGGGCCCUGCGCGCGCCGGAGCCGUCGACGCUGCUCGACGACGCGCUGCGGGCGAUGGCGCCGGCGAGCCCCGACGUCGCGCAUCACGUCAAGGCGCGCGGCGCGCGCGUGACGGCGUCGGACGGCGCGCUGCUCGUGACCCGCGGCACGUCGUCCGUCGUCCUCCCGGCGACGGCGCGGAGGCCGCCCCUGCGCGUCCUGCGGCCCGAGUUCUUCGCGAGCCACGGAAGCGCCGUCGCGCUCGGAAGGAGCGAGCCGACGCGCGGCGUCGAGCUGCGCUGGCUCACGCUCGGCCGCGGCGGCACCGCGGGCUGGCGGAGCGCGCUCGUGUCCCUCGAUGGGCCGCCCUGCGGCGUCACCGUGCGCCACCGGCGGCGCUCCGUGGCGUGCGUCGUCGCGGUGUACCACGAGCAGACGAAGCGGACCCUUGCGGUCUACGUCGACGUCGAGGACGAUUCGCGGGGCCACGCCCGGCGGAGCCGGUCGAUCGGCCUGCCCUUCGCGGGCCGCGCGGCCGCCGUCCACUUCGUCGGCGACGACGCGGCGCGCGUCGUCGUCCUCUACCCGGCGAUCCAGCGCGCCGCGGUCGUCGUCCUGGACGCGGCGGUCGUCGUCGACGGGUGCUUUUGCAACCCGCUCGCGGUCUUCAACCCGAGCUCCGGCGUUUCCGUGGAUCCCGAGCGGCGGCUCGGCGGCCUCGCGUCCUGGUCGAGCGCCGCCGCGGGGUCGUCCGUGUCCGCGUGGCUCUACAACGGCCGCGGCAAGCACCGGACGACGCGCAUCGCGUCCGUCGCGCCCGAGGGGCAAAUCCGCGCGUGCGUCCUGCGGCGCGACACGGUCCUCGUGCUUCGCGUCGCGGGCGAUCUCACGGCGCACCGGCUCCUCGGCUCGUCCGCGUCGGUCCUCGUCGCGCGCUUCAACGACGUGGCGCCCUUCGACGCGGCGACGACGCUGACGCCGGUCCCGGGCGGCGCGGCGCUCCUCCUCAAGGCGCGGUCGCGCAACGGCGGCGCCGACGUCCUCUACGACGUGCCCCUGGACGCGGACUCCGAGGACGAGUCCUCCGGAUCCGGGGGAUAA